AAAAGAAAUUCUAGAAAGAAGUUCAACUAUAUUUGUUUUUUUUUCUCCAUAAUUUAAAUAAAAUUGUAGGGCAAAAAUAAAUAGGCACAUAGUUAACAUAAUCAUAAAACAGGUGUGGUUCUUAAUAGCUAAUUGAAUAUUUUUAUUAAUAUGUCUGAAAUGCUUGGUAUUGUUAUUUAUGUAAAUUAUGAAUGUUUGCAGAAUGGACUAAAUUUGAUAAAAUUUUCAUUUGUUUCAGCUUGAAACUGAUACAGAAAAUUAUGUGCGGCAUAAAGUACAAGGUGUAAAUCUCAAGUUAAAAAAAGGAGCUUUACCACACAUAUUUGCAUGCCAGAAAAAUAAGCCUCCAGCUCUGUCUACAGAAAGAGCUGCAAAGCGUCAGCGAAAGAACACUGUGAAUGACAUUCUUUCGAAUUCAGUGCCAUCAACAUCUGAUGAAAUUAUUUUCAUUAGUUCAGAUGAUGUAGUUACUACGGCACACAUUAAAGAUGACGAAUAUAAAGAUGCCAUUUGCCAGGUAAAUAUUAAACCUGGAUAUAGAAGUAAAUGCACCAGUACCACCACUGUUUCUAUGAGAGAUUUUGGUUGCCAAAUUUCACCUCAUAUGCAAAAUAAAGCUUGCAAUGCGGAUAUUGUUAAUUUACAAGAAAGUGUUAUGGAAAAUUGUGCAAUACCGUGUACAGAAUU